CUUUAAGGUCACAUUACUAAUCAACUCAAUUUUCCUAGUAUAAAUAGUAAAAUCGGUCUAACGGUGGUCAGUAUCGGUUCUCACGCCUUCCAAUACCAUGUUUAGACUGAUCUGUAGCUUCGGCCUGCUUGCGCAGCUUGCAACUUCCAAAUUCGUCUCCCCUGAGUUGGGUCUGGGAGGUGCCGGAGAGUUUCACCACCCUGCGGAGUUCCAACAGCACGACUUCUCCCAUGGUGUAGGCAAGAUAUCGCAUUACGGAGGAUAUGGAGGGCUUGGCGAAGAGCCCAAGUUCGAAGGCAUCACCAAGGUGUUCGAGCUCGGACCUGGAGAGAUCGAUAUUCCCAAGGCUGCAGGACUUGGAUUCGGACAUGGAUUUGAAGGAGGUUUUGGACACCACGCACCCAUUCACUUUUCCCAACAGCCGAUCCACAUUCCUCAACAACCCAUCCACAUUCCCCAGCAACCAAUCCACAUUCCUCAUCACCAGCCUAUCCAUGUCCAGCCCAUCUACAUCAAGCAGCAACCUAUUGGAGGCGGUGAGCUAGAGAAGAGCCAAUUCAGCGAGGCCCAAAAGAAAUUCGCCGAAGAGCAGUUCCAGAAGAAACAUGGAUCAAGCGGGGACAAGGCCUCAGCUGGAGAUUCAGGGUACUUCAUUGGAAAGAUCCAACAGGGUGGUGCUAAGGGUGGUAAGGGAUACUUCCAGGAGGCUGAGGGUGGUAACGAACACUUCCAGAAGGGUAAACAUUACCAUGGCGGAGAAAAGGUAGAGAAAGAAGGUGAAGUUGGAGAAAAACACCACGCCAAACAAGGUCACAGAAAAGGACACACCAUCAAGGGUUUCAAGAAGUCCCACCAUUUGGACGAAACUGGCAAGGAAGAGCAAUUCUACGACGAGGCGCACAACGAAGGAGGACACUACGACUUCGGGGGGCACAAAGGCAGAUUUGGACACACUUCUGGAUCCUCGUACAAGGGAGGAGAGGAAGCUGGAAAAUUCGCCGUUGGGAAGAACGGAAAAGAGGGCUUCUACGAGAACUCUGCUGCCAACAGGAAAGAACAUGCUGGCCAGGAUAAGUACUCUGGAGAUAAGUUCGCCGAAAACGCAGCAGCUUACGGCUUUACCAAAGACUUCGCGUCUCAUGGAGGCGAAGGAGAGAGUGAAUCCAGCAAGUUCUUCAAGAAGAGUCCACAUCACUUCCGUCGUUAGGAUGAUUCAAGAUAGCCUGUCUUCGCCAUGAUGUCGGAUGAGCAUGAAGAAAAAAACAAAAAAAAAAUGUUAUACCUUCUAAAAAUGUGAUCUUAGUAGAUGUAGUUAAAUUCGAUGUCUGGCCAGACAGGUAUGAAUUGUAUGAUGGUUUUACAUGACAGUAUUGUAAGGUACCAUUUAUAUGGUAGCUUGAUGUACUAGACCUAUUUCUUUCUUUCUGCCAUACAUUACUGCGUAAUGUGGUUACCCUGUAUAUACCUUAAAUUAAUUUUGUAGGGAAAUAAAGUGUUCAAUAUGCAAAAUAGGUGUUUUAACUAUACACUUCAAAAAGCGUAGGUUUUCAAGUUAAACGUUAUGAAGUCUCUACAUGGGCAUCCUUUUGUUGUAAUUUGGCUAUAACUGUAGCAGAUAUAGCUUAGUCACUACGAAACUACUGCAGCGCACGACCGGGAUAUACACACACAUUG